GGCAGGAAGUGCGAUUCCAGGUGACGUCACUGCCAUCAGGCGAUUGCGUGCUGAAGAAAUAGGGACAACAUUUCGCCGUGGAGCUGUGGAGAAGGGACACUUUAGACCCCAAAAAUCUUAGAUUUUAGCGAUGGGAGACAACUUGAGAGAGCACGUUAUGAUCAACCAGUUCGUCAUGACGGCUGGCUGCACGUUUGACCAGGCCAAGACGCUACUUCAGAAGGCCCACUGGCAGUUUGAGACUGCGCUAAGUAUUUUCUUCCAAGAAGCUGUACCCAACGCUCACGGACACCAUGGCGGGCAUCAUCCGAUGUGUACGCCAGCCAAUACGCCAGCCACGCCGCCUGCCUUCCCCGACACUUUAACAGCGUUUUCCAAGCUACAAGCGUCAGACACCGGCGCCAGCCCGGGGACGACAAAAUACAGUUGCAGUCCCGUCAGCCCCCUAGCUUCCUCACCGCCCAAUAGCCAACAACCCAUGGAAGUAAACGCACAGAGAUGAGAGUCACACACGGGUACAGUACAUACGGCACAGCUUACCAUGCAGUAGGAGAUGUGGAACGGCUGUCUUGUCUACUUCUGAAAAACAUGGACUAGUCCGAGAGAAAUAUACAACAAAAAAUGGAUUAGGAACUAUA